AUGAUGAGUUCUUUCAGGAGACUGGGGGGAGUGAACUCAGCGACAGCUGUCUGCGCUCCUCUCGCUCACCGGACUGACCUUAUCCAGGCCAACCUCCACAGCCAAACAGCGUCGGCUUCCCUACGCAGACUGCUGGAGACCAACCCGAAGACCAUCGCCGCGAUCCAGGAGCCGUGGAUCAGGAAUGGCAAGAUAUGUGGCCUGGGAACCACCGGUGGUAAACUUUUACUGGACACCUCCAGGGAGAAACUGGAGCUCAUCAUCGCGGCGGACUUCAAUGCGCACCAUACGUUAUGGGGUAAUGACAAUACCAACGCUCGAGAACCAACUUUUAUUAACGCACGCUCGCAAACCAUAAUUGAUCUAACAAUGGUAACUGCUGGUCUGUCAGAUCACAUACAAGACUGGAACGUUUCCAGUGAGCUAUCAUAUUCGGAUCAUAGGUGGAUCCACUUUGCAAUCAAAGGGGAGCUACCUAAAUCACAACCAAGACGUAUAUCUCGGAGAACCGAUUCGGUUAAAUUUUACAGACUUAUUAGUUCUGAGGUAGAUAAACUAACGAUACCAACCACCAUUGAUAUACAAGAUAUAGACAAACAUGUAAAAAACCUAACGUCCCUACUCCUGACAAGCUAUGAACAGUCGUAUCCCCUUACCAUACCAAGGUGGGAGGGGAGACAUAACUAA